ACUUGACUGUCAGUUCUCAUAGAGAGAGGUUCUCCCGUGGACACGUUUCUUAAAUAAAGCUUUAGUAAUCUCAGUGAGACCAAGUGUACUUUUAUUGCGUCGACCUCCUCGUAAACCUUCUUCAUCGGGUUAUGGGCCCAGCACGCAUCCACUGCGCUAGGAAGUGUUAGUGCUGUGCGAGGAAGAAGUCGACACGUGGGUGCAUGAGCACACCAUUGUGUCUCCCUUUCGGUUCAGACGUUUACGAGUGCUAAAGAAGUGAAGAGAAUAGAAGGAAGCAAGGGCCGUGUUUUUCACACACACAUCUUCCACCAUUUGACACGUGGAAUCGAAAAAGAGGCACCAGGGCAUAGAGCUGCGCAGAGAAAACCCGACGCAACAAAGAAGGCGGCCAUGGUGGGAAAGAGAGCGAUCGCCGGCACUUUUGCAAGUGCAGAUAGCGAGGAGUUCCGCGAGAUAAUCCUCAGAGAGUGGGAAGCCUCCGAGGCACACGAAUCACCGGGCAAUCCUUAUGCUGCUGACUUCGUCACUCUGUUAAGAAAGCCAGACGGUUCUCUGUACUUUUGGAGGACGGAGCACCAGCUGAGAAAGUUCGACAACUAUCUCUCACCAAGAGAGAGGGAGAUCGUCAACAGGGUGUGGCCACAGAGGGAGAAGCUCUUUAAUUUCAACCUCGUAUACGAGCCAUCUCCAGAGUACGUGACCAGAAACGAAAUUUAUGGUCUCAUGGAGGAACAAUCAAAGAUGUUUCUGAAAAGCAUCGAGCUAUUGGUCAAACAGCGGACUGUACCAAUAAAAACCGAGCAAAGCACUCUGCCGGCACCAUCCACGAGUGCUCAUGUACAGGAGAUCGAAGAAAGGGCAGGGAGCUCACCGGCUGAGACUGCUCCAGGUCAAAAGACCAAAGAAAAACCCAAAAUAACAUCCGAUGUUAUUAUCACAAGAUCGCCAUUUGUUGAGGCUGUAGCAUCGACUCCCAACCCGGUAUUCAGUCUUCUCGAUAUGAACAUUAACAUGAACCCUCAGACCUCUAAGAGAGCAGAUCAGCUGGAAGAGGGUGAAAUCGAUGAACCAGAUAGCUCUGCUCCCAACAGCCCACCUCCGGACAAUUUUACACCCUGGGAUGAGCAGACCUUCGGGAGAUAUCAGAUGGGAGAAAGCAAACCAGGCCUGGGUAUAUUCAACGGACGAGAAUGUUGCAUACCUACGUCCGAGGAAGAUAAGGUGGAAGCUGUCAAAAUUGGCAAAGAGCCAAAGGCACCUACGAGGACCUUUUAUGCUGAAUCUAAACAAUCGGGACAAGGACGUCGCAUCUGCCACGGCUGUGGCAUGGAAGGACAUUUCCAGUCUACUUGUCCUCAUCCAGGAAGGAAGCAGUGCUACAAUUGCCUGAAAAUAGGCUUGCAUCUGGCCAAGGAUUGUAGGAAGAGAAAAUCCGACAACGGAGCUGGAGACUUCGUCGCGCAAGCUCCAGAGGCAAAGAAGAGCAAGUGGAUGCCUAAGAGAGGCGGUGCGACAGUCAACCAUCGAGGUGGCGGCAAUCAGCCUGCAAGGGCAGGACAAGGAAGAGGCAACAGAGGCCGAGGAAGAGGCUAUACGGGCCAAGUUGGCCAGAACCGAAGCCUUGGACAAGGAGGUUUACAGCCCCCCCUCAUCCCUCCAAGCUAUUGCCGAAAAUUACGAAGAUUACUCAGGCGAGGAAACUGAAGAAGUUGUAACUCACGAGGAAGAAUCAUGGGACUAAGAGGCGAAAAGUGAGAGGGAGUGUUGGAGUUGAGGAACACUUCCGCUCAACGCUCGACGUUGGCAUGCCUAUGCGCAUGCGCGACUGCAGCGCGCACAGCGGGACUCAGUCUCUUGCGCCGCCGGUCGGCACUUGACUGUCAGCUCUCAUAGAGAGAGGUUCUCCCGUGGACACGUUUCUUAAAUAAAGCUUUAGUAAUCUCAGUGAGA